AUGAAUCCUUUUAGUGUUAUUAAACAAUCUGAUGGUGUAUUGUCGGCUAUAAAAAAACUUAGGAAAAUUUUGUUCGAUAAUUUUACAAUUAAAGAUGCAGAGAUUUGGUUAAAACGACUACAAAGACAGAUUAAAUCACGUAAUAAGGCAAUUCGUAGUAGACGGCAAUAUAAUUUAUCUAUUGGUGCUCUAUGUAAAUUGGAAACUAAUGUAGGACAUUUUAAACAUUUUAGAAAAUUAAUUUUGAAUAGGCAUAUUGGUAUGGGCAUACAAUCAAAAUUGGGGCAACGAGUAAAAUGGGCUAAUGUAGAAUCUAGUUUUAAAAGUAGAGUUAAAACUGGAAUUAUAGUUAAUAUACGGCAUAAGGACUUAGAUACAUUUUUGGAAGAUUGUGUAGUUAUUUUUAAAAAUAAAAUUAAAAAAAUUUUAAAAGAACAUCACGCACUUAAAGUAAAUACUACAGUUUGUGGCGAAUUUAUCAAAAAAUCUAACGAUAUUGAGAUUUUAGAUUUAAAUUAUUUCAAUACUAAAAAUGCUCUUAUUGAUAAAUCGACUGAAAUAACAGAUUGGUUUAAGGAUAAUGUGCAAGAUAAAAUUUUAAAAAAUUAUCGGAAUUUGCGGAGAAAGAUAGUGGGUGGGCAUUAA